UCUGCAACUAUAGCUACCGGCGAGUCUCCUCCAAAACCGUGGGAGCAAGUUGGGGGCUCGUCCGAUUCCAGAACCUUUAAGUCACCAUCAAUUGGUAGUACCAACGAUGUGGUUGAGGCAUCCGGGACGGCGAGACCAGGUGAAAUUGUUUCGACUACUGAUAGAACUACGGCUGUGGAUAGAAAUGUUCUCGGUAGGCCUUUACCUAACAGGCCUUGGGAGCAACAGACAUAUGGUAGCACUUGUGGAGGCUAUAGUUCUAGUUUAAACUACAAUUCGGGAUAUGGUUCAGGAAUGUAUGGUUUAUCAUGUGAUGGAUUAGGGUCUUAUGGUGGUGGAUUAUAUGGCAAUGGCAUGUAUAGAGGAGGUUAUGGUGGUUUAUAUGAGAAUUCUGGAAUGUACAGUGGUGGAAUGUAUGGUGGUGGUCUUGGUGGCUUUGGGGUGAUAAAAUUGUUCUCAAUGUAAAAUUGUUCUCAUUCAUAUACAA